CAUCCUGCACCUAUGCAGCUGUCCUACACUUCGUUUUUUGUUCCCUGGGAGGCAGUAACGGUGACUUACGAGUGUGCGCAGGCGCAGUGGCACUUCACACAACCGCAAUAAGAAAACAUGGCGGCGGCCGUCGACAGUGUUGUGAAAGUGCUGGGAGAGCAGUAUUACAGAGAUGCCAUGGAGCAGUGUCAUAGUUACAACGCUCGUUUGUGUGCUGAGCGCAGCAUCCUCAUGCCUUUCCUGGACUCUCAGACUGGUGUAGCCCAGUCCAACUGCUACAUCUGGAUGGAGAAGAGACAUCGAAGUGCAGGUGUGGCUCCAGGGCAGCUGUACACAUAUCCAGCCCGUCGCUGGAGGAAGAAACGGCGUUCCCAUCCCCCUGAGGACCCCCGUUUGGCCUUCCCCCCUAUUAAAGCAGCAGAUUUGGAGCUGGGUCUGAAGCGAGAUGCAUUGGGGGCGGUGGAUGGCAGCAGUCUGGAGGCCCUGCUGAAGGGAGAACCCCUCGACAGGAGGAGCGGAGUAUCAGACCUCCGUGGCCCUGAGGAUGAUUCAGCAGUCGUGGAGCCUCCUGCCACUUCGGCAGCCACCCACACGUCCUCUGGGCGUAUCCGCAAGAGAGUCCUGGAUCACGAUGACUACUUAGACGAUCUGGAUGAUGAAGACUUUGAGGAUGAGACUCCCAAGAGACGAGGCAAGAGCAAGUCCAAGGGUCGCAGUGACAAGAAUGGCAAGAAAAAACAGGAGGCUGCAGCUGCAGCGCUGGAGGAGAGGGACAAGCCUUACGCCUGCGACAUCUGUGGGAAGCGCUACAAGAACCGUCCUGGCCUGAGCUACCACUAUACACACUCUCACCUGGCCGAGGAGGAGGGCGAGGACCGCGAGGAGAUCGAGGCACCACCCACUCCUCGCCAGCCUGAGGAGCAGAAGACCAAUAAGAAGGGUCCCAAUGGGCUGGCACAGCCCAACGAUUACUGUGACUUUUGUCUGGGAGACUCCACCUUAAACCAGAAGACUGGACAAUCAGAAGAGCUGGUGUCCUGCUCAGAUUGUGGACGCUCAGGCCACCCAACUUGCCUGCAGUUCACACCAGUGAUGAUGGCUGCAGUGAAGACUUACCGUUGGCAGUGCAUUGAGUGCAAGUGCUGCAACGUUUGCGGUACCUCAGAAAACGACGACCAGCUGCUGUUCUGUGAUGACUGCGACCGAGGCUACCACAUGUACUGUCUAAGUCCCCCGAUGACUGAACCACCAGAGGGGAGCUGGAGCUGUCACCUGUGCCUGGCUCUGCUGAAGGAUAAAGCCUCCAUAUACCAGCAGAACCAGAGCUCCGCCCCCGAGUGACAUCGUAUAACCAAGUCUGGCCCCCCCUCAGUAACGGGACCCCCACCCUCGAUAGAAACGUCAGACCUCCUCUCAGUCCGGAGCUCCAGGCUCUAUCCGCAAGUAGGUGAGCCAGAUCGCAGAUCAGCUUCAUAUCUACAGUGUCAGUUGGGGGAUCAAACUAUCACUACCAAUCUGCCUCCAAAGUCCCUGAGGCUCACUAUCAACACAUACACAUUGUGCGUAUAUACAGUAUAGACACACACUCUCUCCUGGACUCUCUGAGUGCUGUCUCCAUCGGGGCACCCAAGAGCAAACGGAUUAGCAUCACAGCUAAUUAUCUGCACCCUUUCUCAAAGACAUACUGUGGACUGUGGAGACAACAGUUUCCUUUCUGCCAAAUUAUCUAUUUUUGUUCCCUGAAUGUGGGAGAAAGAAAGUGUCACCACUUAUAUGAUCAAUUAAUAUUAUUAUUAUUAUUACUGUUGUUGUUGUUCUGGUUACUAGUGGACUUUUGUAGUGGCAUUUGUCUGUGUACUUUUGUCUGAUUGGAGCAGUUAUCGUUUGAAGACGUUUCCCUGAGGGGAGCCACUCAGUGCCAACGUGCACCAUCAUAUGAAACACACACAGCAAUGACCCAUGAAGCUUGUAAUGUUCAUGCAAACCAUCUUUGUUUCAUUUUAAACCAGUGGGGAAUAGAUGGUGAAACAGUCUUGAAACUUUAAAUUUGUCUUGAAACUUUGAAUUUGCCUCGUUAAGCUGUUAGCACUAAGUCUUUGGCCUUGCUAUUUUAGGGUUGCACCAAAAGCAACUUUUCAGUGCUGAUUCUGUUACUUUAACCAAAUGGCGUACAGCAGAAAAUAUACUAAGUUGGGCUUAGCAGGCAAAUGGAUUUAGUAUAAUGCCAGUCAAGAACAUUAUUUCGCCAUCAGAGCCAACAUUCUUUUAUUUUGAAAACCCUGACUUUUGAUAAGUCAGAUAAGGCUGUUCUUACUGGAGAAACUGACUGCUCCUAAGUCUAAUACAUAAAACUAGUAAUCAUAAAGGUGGAUCCUUUUCUGAAAGAUGUUUAAUGCCAGCAUUUUACAACAUGUUUGGCACGUUAUCCUUCACAGGUCAUUUUUAAACGGCGGCUGUCAAACUGAUGACACAGAAUCGUAUACAGACAGUAGCUGCUUUUAUCGUUUGUCACACUGAGACGGAUUUGCAUGCAGAUUGCACCUGUAUGAAUGCAUACACACUCAAAUCACAUGGGGUUUUUUUGGGGGGGGUUGUUGUAUUAUUUGUAUCAUUAUUUUUUUUUUUUAACAUUUUAUAUUACGUGAUAUGUGAUACUGGGAGUUUUUCUAGUAGAAUUUUGUAAAGUCUAUGGUAUAGCAAACACUUCAAGUAUAUAGCUCCUAAUACAUUCUAUGUACUGUAUUGACUUUUUCUAUUUUUUGUUAUGACUGUGACAUGUUUGAAUUUAUUUGAUUAUUCCAAUAUGUCAGACCUCCAUUAUGAGUAUUUGUAAAAUGAUGAACUUUAUUGUACUAUUUUUAUUUUUACAUUUCUUUGGUAUCAAAGCCGGUUUAGCCUGACUGAAAUAAAAAUCACUUUGAGUUACUUGUC